AUGAACCGAGUUAUCCUACACAUGACUAGAGCUAACUGCAGUUGUCCUAGCCUUGAAAAUUUGGAGACAUUACUUGGAAGGGCUUCUCAUGUCCAAUUAUCAGUUACAAGUGUAGGAGCAUUGUUUGCCAACUUCCAAGUGAGGCCUACUUUGAUUGACACAGUUAGAGAAACUCAAACUCAAGAUCCAGUGUUGAGUAAAUUGAAAGAAGAAGUUAGUAAAGGUAAGCAUACAGAUUAUACCAUUAGAGAUGACGGAGCUUUAGUUAUGAGAAACAGAUUAUGUGUUCCAGAUGAUUCGAAAUUGAAGGGAGAAAUUCUAGAAGAAGCACAUAGUUCAGCUUAUGCGAUGCAUUCAGCAAGUAAACCAGAUCGUCAGAAAACAGCAGGAUUGUUACAAACUUUGCCUAUUCCUAAGUGGAAAUUGGAACACAUUACUAUGAAUUUUCUAUUUGGACUUCCACGGACUCAGAGUGGACAUGAUGGCAUAUGGAUCAUUGUAGACAGGUUAACGAAGACUGCUAGAUUUUUGCCUAUUAAAGUUACUUACUCGUUAGAUAAAUUGGCAAAAAUAUAUGUUAAUGAGAUAAUAAGUUUGUAUGGGACACCAAAAGCUAUGGGUACUAAAUUUCAUUUCAGUACAGCUUUUCAUCCACAAAUAGAUGGUCAGUCAGAAAGAACUAUUCAGACUUUGGAAGACAUGUUACGAGCUUGUGAAGUACAGAACUCCAGUAUGUUGGAUGAAGUUGGCGAAAGAAAGCUAUUGGGUCUUGAAUAUGUCCAUAUUACUGCUGAGAAAGUAAAGAUAAUUAAAGAAAAGUUAAAGACAGCCCAAGAUAGACAGAAGAACUAUGCAGAUAGACACAGAAGAUACCUUGAAUUUGAUGUUGGAGAUAGAAGCAAUCAUGCUGUAGAAGAAGGGACAUGGAAAAAAGAAGAGCAGAUGCGUUCUCAAAGGGCCUUGGCCAUGUUCUAUCCUACACAGAGGGGUCUUGACCUGACAUUGGUCUUGAUCGUGGUCUUAAUGGUGGGUCCGACUUUUAGUUGGUAUCUAUCAUCAGCGCAUACCAUGUCCGGAUAUAGUAGUGUUACACGAAGCGGGGUGUGUCGGUAUUUGUCCAAUUGGUACCAACAUUCUGAUUAA